AUUAUUAUAUAUAGGGGAUCCCCUCUUGUCCUUGUCCCACAAAAAAACUAGCUAACCUCUUAAUGUUUAUCUCGUACAGAUAACCUUGAAUUAAUAAAUGAAUUACAGAUUGCAAGCCAAGCUGAGAACCACAUCGUUUUUUUGAACGCGCUAAUACGCACGUGUUUUUUGGAAUUAAAAAUUUCAAUGUUAACACAAAUUUUACUUUUUAUGAUUUCUGUAUUGUGACUGUGUAUUUUACAUAUUUAUGUGUUUAAUAAUUGGAAUGUACUAUAUUUUCGUGCUGUGAUUAAUUUACUGCUGCUAUUUGUAACAAUUAGUACAAUCACAGAGUAGCUUUAAGAGUACUUUGUGGGAUAAUCAAUAUCAUUUAACGAGAUUGUAAAUCAUCUGUAAUGGACAAAAACGAAAAAAUUCAAUUACUGCGGAAUGCAAUUAAAGCCUAUCCCGAUUUUCCUACACCCGGUGUUGUAUUUCGAGAUAUAUUCAGCGUAUUCAGCAACAUGAUAGCAUUGAGAGCAAUGAAAGAUUUGAUAGUGGAGCAUGUAUUAUUUCUUGAAGUUGAUUUGAUUGUAGGUCUUGAUUCAAGAGGUUUUCUUUUCGGACCUAUGAUCUCUAUGGAACUGGGGAAACCUUUCUUACCUAUUAGGAAAAAAGGGAAACUUCCAGGAAAUGUUGUAGAGAAAAGCUUCACCUUAGAAUAUGGGAAGGCUACAUUUGAAAUACAAUCAGAUAACAUAAAGAAAGGAACACGAGUGCUUAUUGUAGAUGAUCUACUAGCAACAGGGGGUAGUAUGGCUGCUGCAUUAGAAUUACUACAAACACUUGGAUGUGAAGUGGUUGAAUGUUUGGUAAUAAUUGAAAUAACUGGAUUAAAGGGACGGGAGAAACUUAAUGUGCCUGUUCAUUCAUUUGUACAAUAUGACUGAUAGUCUUUACUCUCUAACUAUAAAUCUCUACUAGGAAGCAAUAUGAAAAAAAAAAUUUUAUAUCCAAGAAUUCAGGCAGCAUAAUCUACAUAAUAUUACUAACAUUUUUACAACAAAAAAUUUUAUAUAAAAUUAUACAUAAGGUG